UGGAAAAUGAACUUUUCAGUAUAAUGCACGAAUCGUGGAAGGAAACGCGUACACCGAAUGCUCAAAAGUUCGUAACAGGAAGUGUUAUCGCUCUGUUGUUUGGUGGAGGAAUCGCAUCAACACUUGAUACUACCCAUGAAAGGACUCUAUCUAGGUACAUUAUACUCGGUGAAAUACAUCUCCUAAGUACAUUCUUGUCUUUCACGUGCGGGAUGCGUGCAGGUUUGAUGCAUUACCUGGGUUGCGGCAUCGUCCCGAGGCGAUUUUACUGGGCUCCACACUAUAUGCAGAUAUCAUCCAUAUCAGGAGUCCUGGCGGCCGCCUUCGCCUCUGGAAAUGCUGACGUGUCACCUAAAGCUGUUUUGCAGAUUCUAGGCGUAUGCUUCACCAUGUGCGCUGGGAAUGAACUAUUAGCAGCGAAAUUCAAUAUGUCUCCCCUUUGGCUCAGAAAGCACAUUAUGCAUUCAUCAGGAGCUACUUUAAUAGGUAUUCUCCUGCUUCUGCUCUCCGAGUCACACACAUCUUCCAAAUCACAUCGCAAUACAACUUCUACUACUGAAGAAUAAUG